CAUAGUGGAAAAACCAGUUUGCAUGAAUACUUCUGACAGAAUUCCUCCACCUAUUGAGACUGAGGGGCCGGGGUCUGUAGAGAAUUUAGAGUUGAAGAUCUGAGUGAGACCUGCAGCCCCUGGUUAGAGGCAGUUCUGGGUGCAAACUCCCAGGCUUUGGCAGGACACCCCUCUACUGAGCUUUACUGGACUCUCCCUUGGCUGUACUAGUACUGACUCCCAAAUAACAAGUGUUUUCCGCUGGGACCCUGGUCUAUUUACUUUUAACCACAGGGGUCUUACAAUAAUUUAACAAACUAGAUAACAAUAGUGUUUUCCCACCAUAACAUCUCCAAAGGUAACUGUCCAGCUGUUGUUAGAGCAGCAACUCCCACAGCCCCCACCACAAGGAAUUUACAUGGCUGGGAGUUGUAGCACAACAAUAGAGACACAAUACUUGUAACUGAUUUGGGUACACAUUCCACUCUAUGAGCAGUAGAUGGUGCCCAAGCCCAGCAAAUGAAUUGGUUGCCUAGCAACAUGUCACGCUAGGAAGUGCUUUCAUGAAAACAACAGCAAGGCCUGGGAGAGAAGAGAACGGAGGGAGCCGGAGAAGAGACCUGCUCUGCCGUUCGAUGACAUGGACAUUACAAAGGGGAGCCUAGAUGAAAUAGCGAGACCUGCUUCUUCCUCCAGAUCCCGUCCAGGUAGUCGGGUUUCCACUUCUUUGUCAACAGAGAAGCCAAAGCGUAGUUCAACUUCUUUGUCUUUGGAAAUAUUGAACCCUGAGCCUGGUUUUUCAGAGAUGCCUUCACAACUAUGUUUGGGACUUGAGACCUGUGAAACACAUUUGGAAGCAGGAAGAAAAACUCCUAUAGAACAUCAUGACCAGCUCUUAGGACAGAAACAUUUCUCAAAGAACUCUGCGGAAGACUAUGAAUGCCAUAGAAGAGAUGAGAUAAAUUUUGAUCACCCGUUUCCACAGAAGGAAAUAGAUCUCCUUUCUCAUGAGUCUGAAGAUGAAUUUUUAGACUUGCCAUCUGCUGAGUUUGAGGAUGCAUGUGAAAAUGAUGAAGAUCCAAAAGAUGAUCAAGAUAUUGCUGAUGAUAAAGCCAUUGACCCUAAGAUGGAAAGAGCCAUAAAAAGGAUGCAGGCUUUGGAUGACAUCUUACAGAGAAAGCUGGCCAAGGAGAAGGAGGUGAAAGCUCAAGGCCUUGAGAUCCGCAUAAAGCUGUGGGAAGAACUCCAGCGUGCAACAAUACAGUCUUCUGCACGGAGCCAUGAAGAAAACAUGAACACCAGCAAGUUCCUGGCCUUAACCCCACAGCUGGAUGAAAUGGAAGACGCAGCCAGUGUGCAGAUGUGCAAUAUAUUUUCCCCUGUAUUUCCUACUCAGUUGCCCAAUGAAGACCCUGUAGAGGAUGAUGAUCACAAGACUCUGCAAGGUAACAUGACUGGUGCAGAUUCAAGUGACAGAUCAGAUUGCAAAACAAGGCACAGUAAAGGGCAAAAGAAAGAAGUGGAUUUUAUUCAAAGGAAUAUUGAGUUGGCAAAGGAUGCCGGGGCCUAUAUCCUUCUGAUGGAUGAUGAGAAGUUACGAUUGGAGCAGCUACUGGAAGAUAUUCAGGAAGGCUGCAGCGAUGAAGAUAUUACCGGAGAUGUGUCUGGCUGGAUAGUUCCAGGAGAAGGCUAUACUCCAGAACCUGAUGAAUAUGACCAACUGGCAGAAAUUGAUUCUCGGUUGCAGAUGGUCAGAUGCAGUGAGGAGUCCCUUGAAACCAGUCUCAGUGAUUCAAGAAUUCUCAAAGAGGUUUUUCAGGAAGUCUUACUUGAGAAAAAUGGAAAUUCCGACUCCGCACCCGGUGAGCAGGUUUUGCGUAACACAAAGGAGCUCAGAGAUCAGAAAAUGCGUCUCCGAGAGAUCGACCAGCAGCUACAAGAUAUGGAGAGAAACAGCAUAACUCCAAUGAGCCUUGUAUCACGCUACAGCUUUUCAGCUGACUCACCUGUAUAUGCAUAGGCUUUAAAUUAAAUACAGGAUUGGACUAAUUUUGUGCAGUGACUACUUAGCUUUGAUGACCAAUGAUUAUUAAAUGUGUUGCUGAUGCUGUUGGGUAAGCCACCACUCUUGUAAGUAGAAUAAAGUUUUGGUUAUUAUUCUAGGAAUGGAAGAAAAUCCUGAAAGUUACGAGGUAGCAUUAUUAUACUAGGG